AUGACACAGAAAACUUGGUUUCUGCCACCCGACUUCACUUUCCGACCGGAAGGCGAAAUACGGUUGGGAACAAUCCUCAAAGACCCAGGGAGACCGACUCUCAGCAUAACAACCGUCGGUCCAAAUGAAACGCCAAGUCUUGUUCUCCCCGAAGUGGAGUAUCUGAUUGAGACUGCCCAUAGGCACGGCACCGAAGCGAACCAGUCUAUAAAUGCCGGAUUCUUUGCGAAAUUUGUCGAACUGGCUACAGGCUCGGGGAAUGUUGACGUUGCCCGCUUCCUUGACCGAACAUUUGGUACUGUUGACCAUGUGGUGCAUCAGUUCAGUGGUGCUUUGAGCCCAGCCACUGUCAAGGCGAUUGUCAACCUCGACCAAGUGAAGAAGUACGUCAAUGGUGGCAAAUUCGGCUGGGCCAGGAAGCGGCCGGUGUACAUAGUGUCUGGACUACGCAUUGCCAAGGACUCAUUCAAGGUCAGCAAUGAGGCUGCAUUGACUUCGUCCAUCUCCGUUGAGGCAUCCGUGAUUCCUGAUUUGACUGGAGCACCUGUGCCCCGUGAAAUAGGGGUGAAUAUGGAAGCCAGCAGUGACAAGAGGACUUCGAAUAGUUACAACACGGCCGCAGGUAUCGUAUUUGCUUACAGGAUGCACGUGAUACGCACUGCUUCUUGUGGCCAGGUUGAAUCGGAGUUAUUUUCAUCUACGACGGCCUUUUGUACGGGCUCCGGAGGGGGCGACAAAGAGCCGGAUAUAGAGUGCGUGGAGGUAAUAAGCUAA